AGAAGAGGAGGCGAGAGGCCAUCUCUGCAGCGACCUGCCUGACAGAAGCUCUGGUGGACCACCUCAAUGUGGGCUUACGGUCAGGAGAGGCUGAGUCAGCUCUGACCCUCAGCACGUCAGGGAAGAGCAGCCAGCUCUGUCCCUCCUCACAGUGACCUCCCUGUGCCCACCACCUGAUGCCCUCCGCCCACCUCCUCGCACCCCUCAGGCCAGCUGUCGCUUUGGUGGGAGGGCGGUGCCCUCCUUCACCAUGGCUGACUGCCUUCUCCACCGCCCACCCUCUGGCCGGCCCGGGGAGCAGCUGGCAGGAAAGAGACGGCACAGCUGUGUGGCCCAGGCCUACAUGAACCAGAGAAAGCUGGACCAUGAGGUGAAGACCCUACAGGUCCAGGCUGCCCAAUUUGCCAAGCAGACAGGCCAAUGGAUCGGGAUGGUGGAAAACUUCAAUCAGGCACUCAAGGAAAUCGGGGAUGUGGAGAACUGGGCUCGGAGCAUUGAGAUGGACAUGCGCACCAUUGCCACUGCCCUGGAGUAUGUCUACAAAGGACAGCUGCAGUCGGCCCCGUCCUAGCCCCUCUCCCCCCCCUGCCUCGCUCCUACCCCCUCCGCCUCCCCUGGGGCAGGAGGGAGGCUGGCAGCCACAAAUAAAACACAAGCCUCAGUUUCUCUGUGA